UUUUGUAAGAAAGUAUGUAUAUAUAGUUAUAUUUUCAAAACUAGAUAUUAAAAUAAAAUGACAUAUAUUGUGGAUAAAACAUAUUUAAUAACUAUAUUAUUUUUAACUAGCUUAUGUUGAUUUUUGUAGUUAUGGUAUAGAAUAUUAAAAAUGAUCCUUUAUAUACUGCUUAAACAUAUUGAUGUGUAUUAAAAUUAUUUACUGGAACAAUAUGAUACACAUGUAUCAUCAUUAAAGAGAAAAUAUCUUUCUGUAUAUGCACAAAAUAUGUUUGUUUUGAUUACAUUCUUUAGAAACUAUAUAAUGAUAUAAAUGACUAUUUUACCAAUAUUAAAAAAAAGAUUACAUUCUUAAAUAAGAGAUUAUAUUAAAUUCUGAAAUUUUGAAGAGACUAUAAAUACGAAGUCUAUUGGUUUUGUUAAAGUAUUAGAGGUCUAUUGAAUAUCACCAUAAUAAUUAAGAAUGGCAUCAAAGAUCACAUUCUUCUUUCUCCUUGCUCUCGUUAUCUCUUGUGCAACGAUGGUGAGCAUUCCGACAGUGGAAGCUCAGGUUUUUCUUCCUUGCAAAACAGCUAAAGAUUGUGAAUACCUUCAUUGCUCGAGUGGGACAGGUCAGUGCGUAAAGAGUCAGUGUCAAUGUAGCGGCUCGCUGACUCGUAAAGCUAAAAUCGACAGCUUUAAAACGACGAGUUAUGCUCAGACGUGCAAGGUGACGAGUGAUUGUGACCCUAGUAUGAAACCUUCAUGUGUUUCGGGAUCUUAUAUGUGUUUCAAUGGCUUCUGUACGUGUACUCAUUAAUGCCUAUUUUCAUAUACACUAGAGUUUGACCCGCAUAAAUAUAUAAUUUUGAUAUUAUCAAAAACAUUUUAAAUAUAUGAUUUAUAUAUUAGUGUUAUAUAUUUUGUUACUU